UUCGUUUAAUUAACAUUUUAAGUUUUGUAACACUGGCUGUUAAUACAAACGCAUAUAAUAGUUUACAAGCAAGUUUCUAGUAAAAACAUACGCCAAUAAAAUUUACGUUGUAACAUUAUAAUACAUCGGAAAAGAUGCUAGAAAUAACGUGUAAUGAUCGUCUUGGAAAGAAAGUUAGAGUUAAAUGCAAUCCGGAUGACACAAUAGGUGAUUUAAAGAAAUUAAUAGCUGCACAAACUGGAACACACUGGGAAAAAAUAGUUCUAAAAAAAUGGUAUACUAUAUUUAAGGAUCAUAUAAAACUGCAAGAUUAUGAAAUUCACGAUGGCAUGAAUUUAGAAUUGUAUUAUCAAUAAUUAAUAAUAUUGUAUAAGUUAAUGUUAUAUACAUAAUAACAAUAAUAGUACAUUUUAUAUUUAAGCGUUUCUGAUUUUGUAUUCUACAUGAUAGAUAAAUACAUAAUAUAUAUAACAACAAUACAGUAAACAAACAUAAAUAGCAAUAACAAAAAACAAUCUUAGUUUAAAUUGUUGAAAUCAAUUGCUGUUUACAGUUUAAGAACUUGUUAUUCCUAUUUAACAUCUAAAUAUUGCUAUAUUAUUUUUACAAAUGUAAUCUCUAGAAAUAUAUUUUAUCACACUGUAAAAUAUAAUAUCUUAGUAACUUUUAAAUAGCUUUCAUUUCUAUAUAUACAAAUAAUACUAAAAUGGAGUAAAAAACAGCUUAUAGUGUA